UCUUCAUUUGUCUCAUGUUCACAGAUAAAUGACCAUGGGGAAAGGCUGCAUGACAGCGAGCAAGUACUUCUUGUUCUUCUUCAACCUCAUCUUCUUUCUGUUUGGGGCCGUCAUCGUUGGCUUUGGAUUUUGGAUUCUCUUGGACAAUCAGACUUUCAUCGUUGCCCUGAAAAACUCCACAGAUGUGAAGUUGGCAUGCUACAUUUUGAUAGGAGUUGGAGCUUUCCCCAUUCUCAUAAGCUUCUUCGGUUGCUUGGGGGCCAUUUAUGAGGUCCGCUCUCUGCUGAGCCUGUACUUCAGCGUCAUCCUGCUCAUCCUCAUCACUCAGUUUGCAGCUGGUGCCCUCAUCUACUUUCAGAAGGAUGUGGUCAACGAGCAGAUCUCCAAGGUCAUCACUAAGGUACUGGACAAAUACUCUGGGAACAGUUCAAUCACAGAGCAGGCCUGGGACUUCAUCCAGACUAACAUGGAGUGUUGUGGCUGGAUUGAUCGUACAGAUUGGAGUGGUAACAUGGUCAUCGUCAACAGCUCGCAGCUGCUGUUUCCCUGCUCCUGCCAGAACAUCUCACUUAUUUCUGGAAACCUCUCUGACAGUGGAUUCUGUGAGGCUAAGACACCUGACUGGCCUGUAUACGAUGUGGGAUGUGCCGCCAGCGUGGAGAGGUGGCUCCUCACCAACAUUGGGGUUGUGUUAGGCAUUUGCCUUGGAGUGACUCUUCUUGAGCUGCUGGGGAUGAUCCUGUCCAUCUGCCUGUGCAGGAACGUCCACAUGGAGGAUUAUACCAAAGUGCCAAAAUACUGAAGCUCAGCGGAGGAAGUUACAUUACUGAACUCAAGAAACACACAAAUAGGGAGCAAAGUAUUUGGUGAAAUUGUAUCCAAGGGUAAUAAUGAAAUAUGUCUAUUUUUUUCCUUAGAUUUUAUUUUAUUUUUAUUUUAAAAACUUAUAGUUUUGAACUUUGGAUCAAAGCGCAAAGCUGAAAAAUGCUGAGAGGACACUGGGUUAGAGGAGAUUAAUAAAGAAAGGUGUCGUACUGGAGGAUUUCUUUCCCUGCCAGUGUUGCUGGUUUCCACAGUGCCAACUUGCUGCUGCAUGCUUUUAGUUUCCCUUGAAAAUCUGAAAGUAAACCAUCUGUGCAUCUGUAAUAGUGAAGUGAAACAGUCUUUCAAAAAUGGAUUCACCUUUCCUUUGGAGGCAUUAAUGAGCAAAAUUAGCCAUUGAAAUUUCAAAAUUUUAAAACUUUCCAGUUUGGCCAUCAUGUUCGUUUUAGGUAAACAGCUGUGAGAAAUUCAACCACUGGAAUCAUUUCAGAGAUUUUACCCUUUAUGGUUAAUCAUUCCAAUGCUUUUGACAAUAUACUGUAAAAGACUGAAUUUCGAAUGAAACACAAACUAUUGUUAGCAAAUCAUUCAAAAAAAUAUAUAUGCAUGUAUCUCACAUGAUGGCCAUUUAAAAAAGAAAAAGAGAAAAAGGAAUUCCUGUGUUUGUAUCUACUUCUAAUGAUAAGAUGCCCGCAGCCCUGUAAAAAUGUCGAGAAAAGCAAAGUUUUGACGACUCUGGAAAGUCCACUCGGUGGAUGUUUUGUUUUAUUUUUAUAUGCCAGUGUUUUGAGUUAUUGUGUAAAGUUAUAGUAGUUUGUCUGGAAUUUAAGUGUUUAUUUGUAAGAAUUUGAGUCCCCAAAGUAUUCCUUCCAGUAUUUUCUAUGGCAGCAGGUCUCUCCUUCAAUUUUUAAACGAUGUUCUUUCCCAUUCUCCUAAUUGCUUUUAAGUCUGAAAAUAAUAAAGGAAAUAAUAAGCUACUAAAAAGAUACUUGUCUUCUAAAAGUGUUGCAGUUUACUAUUGGCAUUUUUAAACGAGCAAAUAGAGCCUUUUUAGGUUGAAGUAUGGAACCUUGUUUAAUCCAGACGUUUGAGAAGAGUAGCGCAUUAAUUGUAACCACUUUUGAACUGUGUGACAUGAUGGGACUAUUUUUUAGCACGGAUCCUCGGCAUUCAUUUGUGUACAAUUUUAAUUUCAAGCCAGUAUGUGGUUUUCUCAGUGGCCUGUUUUUUGUUUUGUUUUGUUUACAGUCGCAUAAAUACCAUCCCAUUAACCUUGUAAUGGUGUCUAAGACACAAAAGGAUACAUCUGUUUAGAAGUACAUGGCCUUCUUCAAUUAUAGCUUGUUGGUGUCAUAAGUAUGUACUCACAAAUGGAUUCAUAUUUCAUUUUGCCAAUAAACUGAUUACAGUACUUCAGUGUGA